CUUGCCACUCCUUCCAAAGUCUCGACCGGGCGAGUUCCAAUGGCGCCCAUGGUCCAACUUCCUCGACCCACCUCUUGCAAGGUGGAAGGGGGUGGACCCAUCUUCAUCGCCACGCGGCAAUUCCUCACCCCGCCUCCAAUGGCCACCCACCGAUCCAUUCUUCGAUCGCCCAAAGAGUGGUCCCAUGACCAUGAGGUCCCUGGGAUUGGACGGCGGCUGAGCUCCCCUGGGUGUUCAGUGAUCCACAUGGACGAGAGCCACGGGUCACAGAGCCAGAGUGUGGACAUCCGGGGUCUAAUACUGAGUGCCAGUAGCGGUUCCACGGACAAGACCCAUUGGUACAUUGGGGCUCUGAGGAAGUUCCCCAUGGGAGGACCCACCGCCAAAGGCGGCAAAUGCGGACCCAGCGAUGGCCACCAAGUGUCUCCAUCUUUGCCCGAGUCCACCCUCCACGAAUCUGACGUCUUAUCACAAUCCGCUGUGGGCCGACUUUGGGCCCGACUUCAUAAUUGCAUGUUAGGCAACCAAGAGGCCCUGGGCAUCAAGUUGAGACAACAUGUGAAUUCAUCUUGGCUUUGGAGUCCCAUCAGCUUUCUGAGCACGUUCUUCAGGGCGGUGGGUCAGCCCAUGCACGUAAAUAACAUUUUCAGGUGAGUU